UGUAGUUGUUUAAAACUCAAAUCUGUGGUUUAUUUAUAAAAACAGAGCCUAUUUAAAAAUGUGUUUCGCCGAUCUCGGAGACUGUGAGCUCUCUUUUCAGUCUUUUUAGGCUUGCCUCAGCCUCACCCAGUCAGUUGAGAUCGUUGGGGGCCCCUCUUCUGCCGUGGGUCCCUAUAAUCAUCACCACCUUAUAGCGACGGCCCUGUACCUACAUGUAUAUAAUGCAUCUGCUCAGAACUUGAUUCGAUAUUGAGUUCCAGCGUACAGAAUGUGCGCGUCCAGUGUGCGAUACCUUGAGUUGUCCUACAUGUGACACGACGCUAUGAAAACAUACAGUGCUUAAUUUAAUUCACAGAUAAGAGCAAUAAUGAUAUUAAAUAAUUAAAAAUAGCUUACUGCGGUUACUAAAAUGCAUAUGCAUAUUGGAGGUCUAACCAACAGCCCACGUUGGCUACAUUUAUUUUGGUAAUUACCAAAUAAUAAGAGCAGCAGUACAGUACAAACCUUACAAAAUUAAAAAAAAUCACAGUAGGCUAAAUAGAAUAUAGUUUAAAUCUCUAGAUCAAAAAUUAAAACAAAGAUAAUAAAGAUAAAUAAAACCCCGGUAAUGCUCUAUGGGAACCCACGUUCUUGUCUUUUCUUUAUCCUGUAAAAGCCUCUGAUAUUUAUAUUCAGACAAUUACACGCUGCUGUCCCUUCACAUUUCCUGCUCUCAUAAAUCACUGACACUUCAUGCUGACUUUUUAAACCUAAAUGUAAAUGUUAAACAACAUAUUUCAGCAUAAUUAAUGUUUUUGCGCUGAAUAGUGUUUCCCUUUCUACUGUGUUCCAUCUGUUUAACACACGUGUCCACCGUGACAUCGCUCUUUCAGUAAAGAUUCCAACAAAAAUGGAAAGGCUUGCGUGAAUUUGUGACAUUUACAGAUAAGGAUAUGACCGUUAAUUAAAAGUUUUUUGUGCCUAGGACACACACAUGUGUCUGUAAAAGCACGUGACAGGCAAGCCAUUACACUAAUGCAUCAACUUGAAGUUUAAAAUAAAGACUUAUGUUUUGGCCAGCUUGGAUUUCUUACUUUUCCAGCAGGAGCUCAUUCUGUUUCCUCCAUUAUUUGUAGAUGUAUUUUGUCUAUAGAAGUGUCAAGAAGUGACAAUAAACAGGAUGUGGGUAGCCACUGUUGGUUCUAAAGAACUGAGACAAGGGGUGAAAAGUGAAGUGGAACACAAUGUGUGAACCCUAUAGAACAAAAACAUUUUCACUUGUACAAUGUUAAAGUAAAUUCAGCCAAAUUUACGCAUUGCUUAUAUCAUGAUUAGUCACUGGAUUAGUCAUUGUCAGAUGAAGUAGAAGUGUCUGACUAGCUGUGGUAAUAAAUCACAUUGGUUCAUGUUUACUUCCUUCACUGAAAGACCCGUAUCAGGCUUUUUUGUGAGCUUCAAUGGAGUUCAGGUUGCUGCUGACCUUAGCUCUUUCUACACACAUCACAGGGUUCAGUGCUGAGAUCUCUGUGUUUGUGCGUACAGGAGCUUCUGUUCAACUGGAUAUACUGACACAACAACUACCAGAGUUUGAGGAUUUAUACUGGACAAAAGAUAAAUCAGAGAAUAUAGUUAAAUAUAUACAUGAAUCUAAAAAAGUCAAUCUUUACAAAGACAGAGUGGAUUUCAAUGAUACAACCUUCUCUCUGACACUGAAGAACAUGCGGAAGGCAGACAGUGGACUCUACAGAGCAAGAACAAGUGGAAAAUCAGAGAACGAUAUUGUUACAUACAGAGUAUCUGUUAUAGAUGCAGUGGAAGCUCCUGUCCUGACUGUAAACUCAAAAUGGUCCAGUCAUGAAUCUUGUAAUUUUACAUGUAAUGGAAGUAACAUUACCACAAGCUUCAUCUAUAACAGAAGCAGCUGUUCUCCAGAGGAAGUGACAUCAUCUGAUCACUACACCCUAAGACUGAUCUGCAGUAAUGACUCCAUCGUGUGUAACUACAGCAACCCAGUGAGCUGGAAGACUGACAGAGUGAAUGUUAAUGAACACUGCACUGUUAAUGAAGGAAAACAAGCAGCAUCUGUGUUUCCUCCGUGGGUCGUUGCUAUUAUUUGUCUAUUCUCAAUGGCGGCAGUGAUCAUGUACAGUAUUUACAAAAGGAAAAAAGGUGCCCUGGAGGUUGAACAAACAAUCUAUGCAGAAGUGGACGAGAACAUCAAGCCACGGAAGUCACUGGAGAUGUUGGGGAAAUCAGCGAAUUCCCAGACAGUGUAUGAUACUGUAGGAGAUCCAGGACGAACUGAUGCUACUGUCCACACUCAGCCUGUGAAACAGAGUUCAUCACUUUCAGAGAAGAGCGAGUCAGAUGCACCAGUCACAAUCUACUGUUCCAUUCAGCAGCAAGUUAACCCCCCCAAAACUGAAGCUGAAAACACUGUUUAUGCUGUGGUCAGUAUCCCGCCAGCUGAUUAUGAAUCUGAACAUCCACGAUCAGAAUAAAAGUGAAUGAAUGAAAAGAAUAAAACUUAAAGCAUGUGUUCAGGAAGGGCAGUGUAAAUGAGUAGCAUAUUUACCAUGUGCAAUGUGCUCACAUUGUAGUUGAUUCGUGGUGUGUUACAGAUAUUUGUAUAUGUAAAUCUUGUCAUUUUUUAAAGCAACAAUGUAUUUUUAUUGUAAAAAUAUUGUACAUGAGGCUUCAGGGCCACCCUGAAAUAUGUGAAUAAUGUGCCCCCCUUCAAAACAAAAAACAAAAUAGAACUUUAAAUACAACUUUAUGACUUUAUUAAUACAGUUUAAAAGAAAAUUAAACAGAUUCACUAUGAUAAAAACCAUGGAUUAUUUUUUUAAGGGUUGUGAUAUCCACAUUUUCAAGAAAUGAUAGGGGCUGUGUCAUCUAUAGCAAAAAAGGUGGCCAAAAAUGAAAGAUUGUGAAUAUUUGUGAUUAUUUGUGAUUAUUUGAAUUAAAUGUUUGGCCAGCAGCUUAAAGAAGGAUUUGAUCGUCCUGUAAGUGUAACAGCAUCAAUUAUCUUUUAGCUCCCUUUGUAGGUAUUUGUAAUAACAUGUCAUUUACAUGAAUUGUUUAUUUUGUUUUAGCCUGCAUUAUGUAUUUUAACAGUAUUAUUACCCAAUCAUUAUUGCCUUAUUGUUUUUUUGUAGAAUGCACUUUAAGUCUUUUAAAAGGCUAAUGAAUGCUCAGGUCUGUUUUUGUAACCCAAAAAAUACACAAAUAAAUAAAUAAAAGA